GCGAUGUGUACUACAAGCUCAACGACGCCGGGGUGGAGCCCGGCUACCCCAAGCGCAUCGCGGACUCGUGGGUGGGCCUGCCCGGCCACAUCGACGCCGCCUUCACCUACCGCAACGGCAAGACCUACUUCUUCAAGGGCAAACAGUACUGGCGCUUCGUGGGCAAGCGGAUGGACGGAGACUACCCCAAAGCUAUCUCGGAAGGCUUCACCGGCAUCCCUGACAACUUGGACGCUGCUAUGGUUUGGUCUGGCAAUGGAAAGAUUUACUUCUUCAAGGACAGUUUGGACGCCAGCGUCGUCUACAAGGGCUACACGUACUUCUUCAAGGGCACGAAGUACUAUCGAUUCGACGACCGCUCCUUCGCUGUGGACACGGGCAGCCCGGCGUUCCCGCGCCCCACCGGCCGCUGGUGGUUCGGCUGCAAGGAGUCGCCGUAUUUCGUGAUAU